GUCAUCAAGUCUAAAAGAAGAUAAGAUAGUAACUCAGUUAGUCAGAUACUCCAGAACAUCUCUGAAAGACACUGAGAUCUAUAAAAGCUACAACACUGAUAGUUUACCUCCUUCACAUUUCAGUGCGUUUCAACACAUCAAUGAUGGAGCAGCAUCUGUUCAUAAUCCUGUUUUUCACAGGAGUUGUCCCCCUUGUCCUGUCUGUCUCUCGUAAGUACUAUCUGAUCCAGCAGGGAAAGACCUGGAGUGAUGCUCAGGCUUACUGCCGAGCCGAACACACUGACCUGGCUAUCAUCGAAAGUAAUGAUGACAUGGUCCGACUUCAGAAUGAAAUUCAGAGACAACAAUUCAGUUCCAGUGCUUGGAUUGGACUGUACAAUGACAUAAACAGCUGGUACUGGUCCCUUGGACAUGAGCCACUGGGUAGUAUGAGACCGUGGGCUACAGGAGAGCCUGACAACUGGCUGGGACAGGAAUGGUGUGGUGCGACAAAUACUUGGGCUUGGUCUGAUGGGUCAUGUACAAAAACAUUACCCGUUGUGUGCUUUGAUGACACUAAAACUGGCAAUCAGAGAUACAUUUACAUCUCUAACACUAAGACGUGGUAUGAUGCUCAGGCUUACUGCAAAACGUAUCAUACGGAUCUGGCCAGUGCUAGAAAUGCAACAGAAAUCUCUGUUAUACAGGGACUGGUCUCUGGUUGGACUUGGUUUGGUCUGAUCAGAGACACCUGGAAGUGGAUAGACAAAACCAACUUCUCUACCAUCAGCUGGAUCUCUGGAAAACCUGAUAAUUCCCUGAAGAAUGAAAACUGUGGUUAUUUAAAUAAUGGUCAGGCUGAUGAUGCAAAGUGCUCAGACAUAAUGCCUUUCUUCUGUUACAGAAUAAUUACAGGACAACAACAAAUCGUGAGGGUGAAGGUGCGGUCCAAUCAGGAUGUGAAUGAUCCUGCAGUAAAUGCGGCCAUCUUGGAGCAGAUCAAGCAGGAACUGAAGGAUCAUGGGAUGGCAGAGAACAUCACAGUGAAAUGGAGAGAGCAACCAGAUGGAAAGGUGUUUCACAAGGAGACUGAAAAGAACAGUACAGGAAAAGAAGAACUCUAAGUCUUUAUCUGUGUCUCAAAUUGAAAAUAGUUAUUUUAGUGUAAGUAAUAUCAGGGCAGGGGUGGAAAAAGUACUGAGAGGUUAUACGUAGGUGAAAGUGAAGAUAAUGUGUCGGUUAAAAGUGGUAGUAUCCAGACAAAAAAAAAAAAAAAAAAAAGAAAGUAAAAUGUUUCUACUUUUAAAUAUAAUCAAAUAUUAAAAAGUUUUUUUAAGAAAUGUUUUUAUAUGAUGAAAUUAGAUCGGUGUCAUAUUUUCAUUAAAAAAUAUAUAUUUUUUAUUACUUAUCUAAACCCGUUAAACCCGUUUGUUUUUUGUUUUUAAAUUAUCCCAUUUUGCCUAAAACAUUAUUCAACCUGUAAGUGUGCUGCACAGUUUACUAAUGAAAUAAUCAGAACUAAAGAAUCCCACAAACACCUGAUAUUUACUAUUAGCUAGUGUCACUCAUCCUUAAAUAACACACUGCAGUCUGGUGGAUUAUAUGUAUUCACUCACACACACACACACACACACACACACAGAGAGAGAGAGAGAGAGAGAGAGAGAGAGAGAGAGAGAGAGAGAGAGAGAGAGAGAG